CCUUCUGCACAGCUUUGAAACAGUCGACGUCAUUUCUCUCGCGCUGUUUGACUUGCUUCCUUUUGUUUUAGGCUUCUUAAGGCCUACGAACCACUGUGAAGCAGUUUGCAUUUGUGGGCGUCCUCGUUUUUCGUCAGUCCACUUUGCAGCUGUAGCGCGACACUCCCUCUCCAGCGCCCUUCAGCCUAUGCCGGCUUGUGCUUUGGAACUCGACACUGCUAUGGAAUAGGAUUCUGGCGGUUCAGGAGCGUCGCCGUGGAGUUGGCGACAUUUCGCUUGUCGGCAUUUUAACAUCUCGGCGAGCACCACACUUCACCAGCUUGGAGCCGGCGGCGUAUCAACCUUUGUGGUUGGUCAUUUGCAUCCGCGCGUGCAGCAGGGUGCUUUGGGUGUGGCGGUCGGGGGAGCCCUGCAGCACUUGGCUGUUUUUUUGGGGUGUGGCUCGUCUUCGUGCCCUUGUUGCCUGGUGCCUGGUUGCCUGGCGCCCGCCCUGCUGUGAUGCCCUACUUGGCAGCGGACAGCACCCCUGCAGGUGGGGGCAACACUGCCAGCCCGUUCUUCAGCCCCGGGCUGCAGCUCCACCUUGCCCUGUCUAUGCAUAGCCUGGCGGACGGCGUGCAGGACCUGACGACUCAGCCCCAGGGCCCCAGCCUGCCUACCUACCCAGUCCUUCUGGUUGGUGCCACCACGGGGCUCCCAGAGGGCGAGCAGCUGUCCUCAGCCGGCGUCCGGGAAGUGACCAGUGCUGCCCUGUCAGUGCUGGACACCAUGUGCCGGCAGGGCAACCAGCCGCAGCUCUUGCAGGGCCACUCUCUGCACAGCACAGGCCGCCCCUCCCGCACGUUUGCCGGGCUGGCCUUCAGCCGGCGCGCGACCAGCGCCAGCAAAGCAGCCUUCACAGCGGAGCUCAUGCGCAAGUCGCCGCUGGCGGUACCGCUCCAGCGCGGUCAGGCUGUCCUCACGGUUCACGUGCCAGUGGACACCCGGCCCAUCAUUCCGGGCACCUACACCGUCACGGUCAAGAUGGUAGGGGGCCCUGUGUGGGGGGCUUUCCGCGGUCGCACCGAUUUGGUGCUGCAGGCGGGUGGCUAUCCCACCACCUCGGACCCCUCGAACCUGGCGUGUGCUUAUGUGGUCUCAGAGCAGUGCGCCAAAUCGGUGGGCCCCAAGGGGGAGCCCCAGGCCCCCGCAGGCCAGGGCAUCACCAACCACAUCUUUGCCUGUGUACGGGGCCCAGUCUGGGACCCGCAGCUCUCUCACCUGCAUUGUGCCAAGUUUGAGAUGCCAGGUGAGGAGCCCAUGCAGGUGGAGGUCCGUGGCGCCCCCCAGGCGGCUGGGACGGCCACGACAGCUGCGGCAGGCAGCCUUGCUCAGGCUGCAGCCGGGGUCCCCGACCUGGGUGGCAACACCUUGGGUGUGGUGAGGCCCGCGGCUGCCAUGGCGACCGCAGCGGACAUCGUUGACCACGUGGGGGACGUGCAGAUGCAGGAGGCGGCGGGUUUGGGUGACGCGGCGGCUGCAGCUGGUGGCGCCAGCGGGCCACACAGCAGGGCCCCGCCCCCGCUGCCAGUUCUGGUGGCGGGGGGAAGCAACCGUGCUGCUGCGGCUGCCCUGCGGGCCGCACUGCAGCAGCAGCCCUCUUCGCAGCAGCGGGUGACCGCGGGAGGGCUUAGCGGGGUCCAGCCGGCGGCAGGCGUGGGGGGGCCGCCGGCAGACAGGCCUCGCCCUGCCGGUGCUGGGCCGGCUGGCGUGCAGCAGCAGCCCAGUGGCGCUCCCGCGCCACGGCCGCCCUUGGAUCAGCAGGCAGCCGCUGGGCAGGAUCAGGAGCAGACCGCUGUGAUGCAGCGGUACUUGGCCGAGCUGGCGGACCUCAAUCUCCAGCGGCAACGGCGGUUACAGCAACAGCAGCAGCAGGAGCUGCAGCGCCAGGGGCAGUCGCCCAGGCCCCGGACUGGCUCCCACGUUGUGGUCCUGGCCACGCGGGGGGGGCAGGACGGGGCGGGCGGUUGCCCUGGCGUGGCGGCGUCACGGCGUGGGCAACGUGUUGACAUAGUUGACCACAUGGGGGACGUGCAGAUGCAGGAGGCGGCGGGUGUGGGUGACACAGCGGCUGCCGCUGGUGGCGCCAGCGGACCACCCGCCGUGGCCUCGCCCUCGCUGCCAGCUCUGGUGGCGGGGGGAAGCACCCAUGCUGCUGCGGCUCCCCUGAGGGCCGAGCGACAGCAGCAGCCCUCUUCACAGCAGCGGGUGGCAGCGGGAGGGCUUAGCGGGGGGCAGCCGUCGGCAGGCGUGGGGGGGCCACCGGCGGUCAGGCGUCGUACUGCGGGUGCUGGGUCGGCUGGCGCGCAGCAGCAGCCCAGUGGGGCUCCCGCGUCACAGCCGCCCUUUGAUCAGCGGGCAGCCGCCAGGCAGGAUCAGGAGCAGACCGCUGUGAUGCAGCGGUACUUGGCCUACAUGGCGGACCUCCAUCUCCAGCAGCAACGGCGGGUACAGCAACAGCAGCAGCAGGAGCAGCAGCGCCAGGUGCAGCCGCCCAGGCCCCGGACCGGCUCCCGGUUUGCGGUCCUGGCCACGCUGGGGGGACAGGACGGCGUGGGUGAUGGCGCUGCCACGGCGGCGUCUGGGCGUGGGCGACGGGCGCAACCAGCCGUGCACGCACCGCCGCCGCCGCCACAGCAACAGCCCCGCUCUAAAGGGCGCGGUGGCCCCGCCCAGCUCCCGCAGCAGAGGGCAGGGCGCUUGGGCGGCGGGCUGCCUCCCCCGCAGGACGGUGCUAGCUCGCCACCGCACGUGCCCACUGGGCGGCCGGCCGGGGGACAGCAGGAUGGUGGGGGCAGCGGGUCGGGGCGCCAGGGUGGAGGAGCGGGGCAGGCAGUGCCUCAGCCGCCGCCCCAGGCGCGGCCGCCACUGCAGACGUUACAACCGGAGGGUGGUGGUAAGGGCAGGGGCAGGGGCCUGGGCGCGCCGGCUGGGGCUUCGGCCGACAUGGCUGGGCGCGCGGGUGGGGGUGCGGGCAGUGAGGCGGAGUACGGGGCCGUUUGCCUGACCCGGGACACGUGUGUUGCCAUCGGCUCUGACCUCGUGACGCACCAGAACCGCUGCGCAGAUGUGCAGGGGUUUGAGUGGGCGCAGCUGGGCCACGACACGCUUGGUGGCCGCCUCCUCGCCUACCUCCGUGACCAGGGCGCCACCGUACCGGACUGGGCCGUCUGCCGCGUGCCGGCCGGCCGUACCGCCGUCCUGGCACAGCUGCGCGACGAGUUCACUGGCUGGUGGCGCCUGUACUCAGCCCAGCCUGCAGAUACACCCCUGCCUUCCGACGUGACGGAGCAGCUGGAUGACGCCGCGCAGCAGGUGCAGACGGCCUACAUGGACUACGUGCUCCUAGACGCCCGCACCCUGCGGUCCGCUAAGCGUGGGCCGGCGGACCCCGGCGGGGCCAGCGGGCCCAGCCGCCGGCAACGCCAGCACCGCAGCCGCAGUACCUCCAGCCUCAUGAGCCUGGGCAGCGCUCCAUUGCACCCCGGCGGCGCCAGCUCAGUGAAUGUCAACGGCCUGGGCUCGCCGUUGAAGGCGCGGGCGCUGGUCUCGCACCUGCAGCAAGUUGGGGCGGAUGUGGCGAUGGUGCAGGAGACCCACGCUACUGACACGACGGCGCUGGAGUCUUGCCUUCGUGCCGCGCAGGGGGCGUGCCUUCCGUGGCGCCACUGCCUCGCUGCCAGCCCGGCAGCGUCGCCCCGCUCCUGUGGGACGGCUAUCCUGGCGCGGAGUCGGCUGUCCCUUCCAGGCUGCGUACUGCAGCCGCCGUCAACGGAUGCGGCGGGCCGUGUGGUAUGUUGGGAUUGGGACGUGGGUCACCUGCGCCUGCGCUUUGUGUGUGUGUAUGCGCCCACGGCCGUGGCGGACAAGCCUGCUUUCUUUGCCGGGCUGCAUCCCCACCUGGCCACGGACAGGGUGCUUGUUGUCGGUGGGGACUGGAACUGUGUCACCGAUGCCAGUCAGGAGGCGGCCCCUAGCCCGUCACGUGCUGCAGGUGCCCCGCAACUUGCCAGCCUCCUCGCCCAGUUCAGUCUGGUGGACCCGUGGGCGAGCAAGCGUGGCGGCGCCAAGGGCUACACGCAUCCGGCCACACCCAAGCCGGCCACUCCCGCACGCCUGGAUCGGUGGUAUGUCAGUGCCACCGCGGCGCCGUGGGUGGUGGAUGUCGCUCGCACGUACGGGGCGCCUGGGGACCACAACGGUGUGCUGCUCACCCUGUCCUUGCCCGACCUGCCACAUGCGCACCGGGAGCAGUGGCGCUUCCCCACCUACCUGCUGUUUCACCCCUCGCUGCGUUUGGAGCUCAAGCAGCGCUUGGAGGCGCACGUUGCCGCAAAUCCCGUGGCCAGUACAGGUGACGGCGCUUGCACGCAAUGGGAGGCGGACAAGUUCUUCUUGCGGGAGGCCGCCACCAGCAUCCACCGUCGGCAUGCACGCCAGACCCGGGACGGGCUGCAUGGGGUGGUGCUGGCCGCAGACGCGGCCGCUGCCCUGGCCGACCGGCCGGGUGCCAGCGCCGCGCAGCGUCAGGCUGCGGCCAUGGCCAACUUGGCGGUGCGGGAGGAGCGGGCAGCUGCCGCAGCAGCCAGCCACAAUGCCCGCGCUGCACUGAUGGAGGAGCAUGGGGAGCGGGGCACACGCUGGUUCCAUCGGCAGGCUGACGAGCCAGCAGCCGGCGCGCAGGAGCCCAUCACGCACUUGAAGGUGCCGGGGCAACCGGCGCCUGUGGCGCUCACGGGGCCGGGCACGCGCAACACUGUCUCCGCAGCCGCCGCAGCCAUGUACAGCAGCACCAGCCCCACCGGCCUGUUCCGCGUGCAGCCUGUCUGUACGGUGUCGCAGCAACAGCUUCUGGAGGCCAUUGACCGCAAGGUUCCGGCGGAUCUGCAGGCCGCCGCAGAGGGGUCCGGUGACGGCGCCCUCAGUGAUGCGGAGCUGAUGGCAGCGCUGGCUGGCUCCGCCAAUGGUAAAGCGCCUGGGUCGGACGGGGUCCCGUACGAGGUGUACAAGGUUUUCUGGGCGCUGCUGGGUCCGCGCUUGUGUGCUGCUGCUGCUGCUGCCUUUGCUGCCGCUGCAGACGCCCACGAUGGCGGUGAAAUGGCGGCGGCGCUGCCCGCCUCCUGGCGGGAGGGCAUCAUCACCCUCAUCUAAUAAUAAUAAUAAUAUCUACGCAGGGCACAGGUGCCCGCGUGUCUUAAGGAGGAGUGAGACAAGCUCACCCCACCAUCGGAAAACUUGAUUUCCCUACCCCGGCUCCCCUGCACGGGGGCCGCCAUUGGCGGUCCCCUGGGUGCGCCCUCCCGGGCGGCAUCGGGUGUUGGCAAUGCCCAUCUCUCGCUCUAGCCGGUAGUACAGGUUUGCGGUGCCCCGGAGUGUGGUGACGCUAUGCAUGUGGAGACGUGUGCAGCAGGCCUUGGCUGCCUGCGGUUUGGCUCCCAGGUCUUUGAGGAGAGUUUCAAGGGUACGGGGGACAGUGCCACCGUGGCCCAGUGUAAUAACGUGUUUAGCAUCGUAGUGCACAGUCCACCCUGCAGCUCGCAUGGCAGUGGCAAGGGCGGCGUGCUGUGCUUGUUUUUGAAUGAGCUUCUCGCUGUGGUGCAGGUCAGAGGUGUAUCCAACUUCAAGGAUGUACACUGGGUAGGCCCCUUUGUUGGCUGGUGGGGAUGUCAUGAAGCGUUCUGCUUCAGACCGGGGAAGGUUCGGGAUAAACAGAAUGUCAGGCCGCAUCCUGUUGAGGUCUGCAGCGGGCACUUGCGGGCAGAGCCAGGACGGCGGCCGCAUGCCCGCACAGUACUCAGGCAGUUCAGCUCGGGAGGUGGCAUCCAUUAUCAUGUAGCCACCACCGUUGUGACCAUGGUGUAGGCAUUCGGCAAUCGUCCGCACUGCAGUGUUGUGUUUGGCUAUCCUAGCGCCAACGAGUUGGGGGUGCGCGCAGUGGCCGGCAAGGUGACCUGCGGUGCCACGCUCUGGGUCAGAUCCGCGGCUGCGCUGGAUGUGGGCACAGAGACCACAUUUGUCGCUGUCUCGUAGUUUAAACAAAGCCAGCCGGGCCGGGCAGAUGAGGCCUCCCUGACGAGCAUUCUGUAUGAACCGGCGUAGGCCGUGGCUGGCGUCCGAGUUCGUCAUGUACGCAUUACUGGCGCGUGGGUCAAGGCUGGGUGCUGCCUCGGCCCAUUUCUCAGUGUACAGGGUUUUGUUGGCGUAUCCACCACGGCAGCUGGGGGCCAUUGCCCUGGUGAGGCCCCGGUUUAGGUCCGACACGUAGUGCGUGGCUGUGCUAUCGUCGUCCCUGGUGACCGUGAAGGUCGGCCACCAGUGCCGGGCGUGCGGGUCGUUGUCGGCCGGUUCGGAUACAUCGGCGGGUUUUUCCUGGGUGGCGACGGCAGCCGCCCCUUUAUCGGCUUCCUCGUUGCCGUGUAGCCCGGUGUGCGAGAUCACUUUAAUCAGAGCGGUGGGUGCGCCCCGGGCGUAACAGCAAACUGCCGCAGCACCGGUAGGCAUGUGAAGGCCGUGCAAACAAAGCAGCGGCAUUAAACGGGCCACCGCCGGCCGCGUGCAACCCUUCCUCGGAGUUACAAACGUGGGCUCCAAGGUUUGCGUGCAUUUUUCACACAUGUCCCGCGCCAAUAUCAUGAGCCAUGUCAUGAGCAAUACUGAUCACGUGU